AUGACACAAAUCUCUCCCACCCAACAUCACAUCGUCUACCUCCAGGGUGAUUUCGUGGAGAUCCUCGACUUCGACCUUCCCGCCCCUCACACCUACACCAAGACCGUCUACCCGCAGACCUCUCCCUCAGAGCUCCACGAGCGCAUCCACGAUGCAUCAGUGAUCGUCCUCUCCGCAUUACGCGUCGACGCCAAUGCCCUCGCUGCCGAGGUCAGCCCGAAUCUCAAGCUGGUGAUGGUCGUGGCGGUGGGCACCGACUGCAUCGACCUGGAGGCGUGUCGCAACCGCGGCAUCGUCGUCUCCUACAUCCCGGGAGCCAACACCGAAUCCGUCUCGGAGCACGCCAUCGCACUGCACCUGGCCGCGCGCCGGAAGAUCCUGGGGAUGAACGCCCUGACGCGCGCCGGCGAAUGGCCGCGGCGGAAGACGCUGAUGUUCGAUUUCCUCGACAAGGCGGGCGCGCCCCCCUUGACUUGUCAGGAGGAGGUGGCGGGCAUUAUCGGCAAUGGGGCCGUUGGCAAGCGAAUCGCUCAUCUCGCCCGCGGCAUGGGGAUGAAAGUGAUCAUCUCCGACCGCAAGCCACUGGGUGGCGGAACGACAUCUACAACUAUCGGCAAGGAUGGGCUCGAACGGGUUCCGUUCGAGACCGUCGUCAGGCAGAGCACGGUCCUCUUCGUGGCGGUGCCCCUCCUGGACUCGACGCGGAAUCUCAUCUCGACGGCCGAGUUCGAGGCCAUGUCGCCCCAUGCGGUGCUGGUCAACGUGUCGCGCGGGGGCGUCAUCGACGAGCCUGCGCUGGUCCGCGCGUUGACGGACGAUCGCAUCUCCGGCGCAGCGACGGAUGUCUUCUUCCAGGAGCCCGCGGGGCCGGACAACUCGCCUUUGCUGGCGGAGGGGACCGAGGGGCUGAAUCUGAUCGUGACGCCGCAUCUGGCGUGGUUGGCCCAGAGGACGAUGGCGAACUACUCGCAGCGGCUGAAGCUGUCGGUGGAGGAGUGGUGCAGGGGGAGGCCUUUGAAUGUGGUUACUUAG